CCCCGCGCCUUCUUGGUGAAGCGGCGCAGCCCGCAGCCCGCGCUGCGCAGCUGGGACGGGCUGCCCGACGAGGAGCGCGCCGAUACCUACGUCCCAGGAGAGAUAGCCUGCUCCCUGCUCAGCUAUGAGGACAGCUGCAGCUUGGAGAGCAGUGGGAGCAGCAGCACCAGGGAGGCUGGCCCCAGCGACCCGCCCACCCCACAGCCUGCAGCGGACGCGGGCAGCACCGAGGGCAUCCUGCUGGACCUGGCUGCCACACGCCCCCUGGUCAGAUCAAAAAUCAAGUUCACCACCGGGACCUGCAGCGAGGCCACAAUGCACAAUUGUGAACUGUGUGGCAAAGGCUUCCGCCUGCAGCGCAUGCUCAACCGCCAUGUGAAGUGCCACAGCCAGGUGAAGAGGCACCUGUGCACCUUCUGUGGGAAGGGCUUCAACGACACCUUUGACCUGAAGAGACAUGUGCGGACCCACACAGGAAUUCGUCCUUACAAAUGUGAGAUUUGCAACAAAGCCUUCACCCAGCGCUGCUCCCUGGAGUCCCACCUCAAAAAGAUCCACGGUGUGCAGCAGCAGUAUGCCUACAAGCAGCGACGAGACAAGCUCUAUGUCUGUGAAGACUGCGGUUACACGGGCCCAACACAGGAGGACUUGUACCUGCAUGUCAGUAAUGUCCACCCCAGCAGUGCUUUCCUGAAGAAGACCUCAAAAAAGCUGGCUGCUGCCAUUCAAAACAAACUGACCUGUGUCCUGCAGAGAAGCACAAAAGAAGAUGAAAAAGACCAAUGAAACAGUGGAUUACCUUGGUCACACACCAUGAAGUUUACACUUAGGACAUGUUUAAUAGUUUUGAAAGGAAUCUGUUUUAACCAACCUUGAUGCCUUUUUUGUUGGAGGCUGACGACAUGGCUUCGAGCCUUUGUGUGAAAGAUGUGACCUUGCCAUGAUGCAUAUGUCCAGGUUUUUUCUUCUUUAAUGUGACAAAAUGGGAAACUUUAGGGAGGUGGUGUUUCCCAGAGGAUGGAGCACUAGGCCGGCACUCAGGACACCUGGCUUGUAUUCUUUGCUCUGCCAUUGGCUUGUUGAGUGGCCUUCAUACAUCAUCUCACCACUCCGUCCCUCAGUUUCCCCAUCUGUAUCAUGCAAAUAGUGCUCUUUGUCUCCUUCAUCACCCUCUUUGAAGACUUUGGAUGGAAAAUACCACAUAAGAGUUUGGUGUUCUUGUCAAGAGGGAAAUUGCAUUGAGAUGGUGUUAUGGAUGACAGCACAUAUCAGGAAGUUAAGAACUGCACAGACUCUGUAGCACAAACCAAGCAAUAAAUAUAAAUCAUAGUUAAGGUUGUUAGGGCAUGUGGUUUCAGGUUGGCAGAAAGAUCAUUAAAGACAUGUGAGAUUUUUUUUUCACAAUCUUUUCUACUUAAUGUCAAUGCACCAGUUAUGGGGGUGUGCAUGGAGAAAAGUGCAUUUCUUACUUAUUUAAUAUAUUUAGAUUUUUUUUUUAAGAUCAUGUUUGUUGCCAAUGUUCCUGGAUAUGUAAUGCUUGGUUUGGGGACGAUUGCUGCAUCCCAGAAAUGACUUUUUUUUACCUUGAAGUUAUUAAGAUUGCAUUUUCAGCCUUUGCUCCAUUGUAAUGUAGGUUUUUGGUUAUUUUUCAUCUGGGAAUUUUUCCUGUUUCUUUAAAAAAAUGUUCAUAAAUGACUACUGAUAAAUGACACUCCUUGUAACAUUUCUAAUGAUUUGGAGGUAGGCAGAAUCUACCUCAAAUCAGCUUUCAGUAUACUGAACCAUCCAAGACAGAUUUACUAGUACAACAAAAGAAGUGCAAAGCAGCCCAAGAGAAGUAGCCAACUCAGAUUGGUUGGCAGCAAAAAUAAAUAAAUAAAUAAAUAAAUUUAAAUGGUAUGGCUAGAUCUAGACCAAAGUCCUGCAAUUAUCACUGGUUUACAGGUCUGGCAAUGAGGCCUGUGUGGGAAGGAGAAAAGAGGCCAGUCUUGAAAUUUCAGUGUGUCUUUACCUUAAGGCAGAGAUACUCUGGGACUUCAAGUCUGGUUGGACCAAGACUGGCAGAGACAAGACUGGACUUCAAGACUGGUAGAGACACACUGGGACUUCAAAGGCUGACCCCACCCUACCCUUCCACUUCAGUUUCUCUGGCAGAGCUGGUGUUCAGUGGAGCUGAGACAGGAACACUGUAUGGAGCCCUUCCAGCACCGAUGCCCAAACUUGUACUCAGCCUGGGAACCUUUAAAGACCAAGUCAUUCAUCAGUGAAAACUCUGGACACAGUUCCAUUCUUCCUUGAUGCAUCUCUUGAAUCUUUGGCAGCAGAGAAGACAAGAUACAGGUACUAAAUAUUUUAAAGGAUUUCUUUUUAAAUUAAUGUAUAAGUUAACUGAUCUAUGCAUUUUCAGACUCAUUUUGCACUCAAAAGGAUGCUCUGUAAAUUUAGGGACAACAUGUAUUUUGCAUCACAAAGAGAUUGAAUACCUUUUUAGGGCAAAAUGGAGCUCAACCUGAAAUACAGGGUCAGGACCAGUGCCUCCACGAUCAUUAGUCUUAAAAAUUAUGCAAGAUCCUGAUUCUGUUCUGUAGAGAAAAAACAUUUUCUUGAUGUUUAUUUGAUUGCCUCAAUCUUGUAGAGAGAUCUUCUCAGGCUUUUUUUGGAGGGGAGCUCUAAGGUGUUUUUAAGCAUUUUUUUUUUAAUGAAGUGACUUGAGCAGAACUGGGGAAUGUUUGGGGUCUUGGGACACUUAAAAACAAAAAGCUACUAUGUAAAGAAUUAGAAAAUGUACUGUCCUGUGUAAUAAGAAAGCUUCUGAGGAAUAUUUGAAUAAAUUGAAUUCCAUGUAAACAAGUA